AUGGCUGUUCGAAACUAUGGGAUUGUGCAGGAAGAUCCUGAUGAAGACAUAGAGCAGCCUAGAACAUUAUCAGGCAGCAGAUCCAAAGGGAAUAUUUCCCAGAGUCCUGAGGAGAGAGACACCUCUGAUGGUCAGCACAUCUGUGGAGAAGACAGGCUGACCACCUGCACUGACUGUGAGAAGAGCUGCAAGACCCGCACCGGGGAGCUGCCCUACAGCUGCAAAGUGUGCGGGAAAAGCUUCAGCUUCAGAUCAGCGCCCAGCAAACACUUGAGAACCCAUAGAGGGGACAGGCCAUGCAAAUGCACAGAGUGUGAGAAGAGCUUCAGAGACAGUUUCGCCCUCAUCGAGCACCAGAGGACACACAGUGGGGAGCGGCCCUACGAGUGCAGAGAGUGCAGGAAACGCUUCCAGGGGAGGUCGCACGUCACUAAACACCAGAGAAUCCACACAGGAGAAAAACCCUAUAUAUGUGAAGAAUGUGGGAAAGGAGAGUGCAUGGAGUGCACGGAGAGUUCAUACCUUUCUAACCAUCAGAGAAUCCACACGGGGGAGAGACCCUUCACAUGCAGGGUAUGUGAGAAGAACUUCAAUCACAGCUCCACUCUCUUCAAACAUCAGAGGACCCACACGGGGGAGAGACCCUUCACAUGCACCGAAUGUGGAAAAGGCUUCCGUGGGAGCUCAGCCCUUACUCAGCAUCUGAGAAUCCACACGGGAGAGAGACUCUACGCCUUCAGGCUUUGCAAGAAGAUGUUCAGUCGGAGUUUAAAUUGCGUUGCACAUCAGAGGAUCCACACAGAGGAGAGACCCUUCCCAUGCGCUGAGUGUAGGAAAAGGUUUGCAAAGAGUUCCACAUUCGUGCAGCACCAGAAAACCCACACUGGGGAGCGGCCCUACAGUUGCAAAGAGUGCAGGAAGAGCUUCAGGUUCAGCUCCACACUCACCAAACACCGGAGAACUCACACAGGAGACAGGCUGUGCAAACACACCCAGGGCAACGAGUGUGGGAAAGGGUUCACUGACAGAUCACACUUUACUAAUCACCAGAGAAUCCACACAGGAGAGAGACCCUACCUGUGUGCUGACUGGAGCAAGAGCUUCAAUCACAGCUCCACUCUCCUGAAACAUCAAAGAAUUCACACAGGGGAGAGACCCUUCAUAUGCACGGAGUGUGGGAAGGGCUUCAGCCAGAGCUCAACGUUUAUUCAGCAUUGCAGAAUGCACACAGGAGAGAGACCCUUCAUUUGCAGAGUGUGCAAGAAAAGCUUCAGUCGGAGCUCGAACCUUGCUGCACAUCAGAAAAUCCACACUGGGGAGAGACCCUUCCAAUGCACUGAGUGUGGGAUAGGCUUCAGUGGGAGCUCAACACUUACUCAUCAUCUGAGAAUGCACACGGGAGAGAGACCCUACGCCUGCAGAGUGUGCAAGAAGAGCUUCAGUCGGUGCUCACACCUCGCUGCUCAUCAGAGAAUCCAUACGGGGAGAGACCCUUCACAUGCGCUGAGUGUGGAAAAAGGUUCACCGACAGAUCAACAUUCAGUCAACACUAGAGAAUCCAUACCGGAGAGAGGCCCUACCACUGUGAAGAGUGUGGGAAAAGCUUCAGAUUCAGCUCAACACUCACCAAACACCUGA